AUGGCUACUAACGGGGUGCACAAUGGCGUGAAUGGAACAGCGCGCAAUCCGCUGAACCAUGAUUAUCCCAAGCCACUGAAAGUGGUUAUCGUAGGAGGUGGCCUGGGUGGCCUUUCGGCGGCCGUGGCUCUCCGCCGCCAGGGUCACGAAGUGCAUAUUUAUGAACAAUCCGCGUUGGCCAGUGAGACUGGCGCGGCUGUCCAUUUGGCACCCAACGCGAAUGGCGUCCUUCGUCGGUGGGGCAUCUACGCCGAGGAGUUCGGCGGCACAGUCAUGAACCAUCUGACAGAAUACCAAUAUUCCGGCGGAGUGGUCAAGGAGGUUGACAUGCUCGAGAUGAACAAGAUGUGGCAACACCCGUGGCACCUUGUCCACAGAGUUUCUCUGCACGACACUCUAAAGAAGGCCGCAACCACCAAGGAUGGACCAGGUAUUCCCCCCGUGCUUCAGACCUCCACCAAAGUCGUCGAGGUCGAUGCCGAGGCAGGAAAAGUCGUUUUCCAGGACGGUUCAGUGGUUGAAGCUGAUGUGAUCGUUGGCGCCGAUGGUAUCUACUCAAAGACCAGAAAGGCAAUCGACGGUGGCAGUUCGAAAUUGUUCGGCUCUGGGAAGGCUGCCUUUCGCUUCCUGAUUCCCAGGGAGGUCGCUAUGAAUGAUCCUAUCACGCGGCCUUUGGUGGAGAAGAACAACAACCUGUGCAUUUGGUAUGGCUCUGAUCGCAGAGCUGUCAUGUACCCAUGCAACGACAAUGAAACCCUGAACUUCGUUUUGAUACACCCAGACACUGAGUCGCACGCAACACAAUCAGACGAGUGGAAUAAGACAGGAACUGUGGAGCAGGUACUCAAAGUUUACGAGGAGUUUGAUCCGGCUCUUAAGCACUUGGUCAGCAAAGUCGACCCGGCCGAGCUGAAGGUAUGGCAGCUACUUGACAUGGAUAAGCUUCCAACAUGGACCAAGGGGAAGCUGGCUUUGAUUGGAGAUGCCGCUCACCCGUUCACACCUCACCAGGGGCAAGGCGCUGGACAGGCAAUGGAAGAUGCCGCCGCCCUGGCGGCGGUGCUGCCAUCUGGAACUUACCCUGAGGAUGUCGCCGAGCGUCUUAAGGUGUACGAGAAGAUCAGGUAUGACAGAGGCCACCUGAUCCAAGAGUAUUCGAGACAAGCCGGUAAGGAUUGGAUCGAUGGCAAGCCACAAAUCGACAUGAUGAACUAUACUGCUCACAACUUCGGCCACGACGAGAUCGACAACGCCAACAACGUAUUCAAGAGGUGGCUGUGGUCCAAGAAGCCUGACAUGUAUUACCGAAUGCCCAUCGGCUUUGGACCAUUCCCUGGUCCACGACAGGACCACCUCGGAAAUCCUCGUAGGGGACAGUCUGAGCGCACUUUCGUCACUGCCUCGAUCAAGUUCAAGACGUCAAGAACCUACCUGGAGACACUGUUCCCUACAUCGUCAUACAGUUUUGCUAGCCCUGCAACAGUCUGCCAGGCGAGUAUAUCCAUUACCACUCUUGGUAACAUGUCAUGGCUGGGGGGCAAAGGGUAUAGUCACAUGGGCCUCUACAUCCACGGAGUAAAAUACACCAAGAAGGACGGUAGUUCCAUCGUUGGCACACACCUUCCUGUCCUAUUUGAGAGUCUUACGGAUCCGAUUGUGUCGGGCCGCGACGAACUGGGCAUGAAUAAGGUGUUCUGCGAUGUCGACAUCCAACGGACGCCCGACUCAUACCGUGCUCAGUGUUCGUGGAGGGGGGCAAAGUUCCUUGAUUUCGACCUGAAUGAGUUGAAGGCCGAUGACCCCAAGUCUGAGUCUGGCACGAUCGGUGGCGAGGCUGACUACGGUAUCUUGGCCUACAAGUAUAUUCCUGCUGUCGGUGAGCCAGGCAAAGCCGACAUCGAGUAUCCGGUGGUGGUCCCCCAUGAGGAGGAAGCAAAGGUUGCACCGGCCAACGUCCAAGGCGUGGCACGCUCGGCGAAGCCCUCUCUGAAGUUUGAAGCCAAGGACUGGGAGAGCCUACCAACGCUGCACCACAUUACCUCCGGACUGGCCGAAAUUCCGAUCUAUGAGAUCGUGAGUGCCAAGGUAGUGGAAGGCUUUGGGGUGCCAGAUGUAUCCUCUUGCAGGAGGAUAGAGUAA